AUGGACAAAAUUGCGGACGAAAAAAGCGAUGCAGUUUUGUACCGAAACCUUUACACAAAAAUAUUGUCGCAGCAAAUACAAGCUGAGAACAGGCUGCAUCGUUUAAUGAUGGCGCGGCAAGGACAGGACAACAUGUUUGAUCAACAUUUAGCAAAAGUGCGCGCGAAAGUUGAAAAAGACCGAAUCAGGAAUCAAAAAUUGGGAGAACGACUUGUUAUCAUGGAGAGGCAAGAAAUGGAAACAGUUUCGAAAGGUUAGUUUAGUUAUUUUAAAAACGUUUAUGUACUCAACAAGUUGUUUUGAGGGCGUAAAGAUUUACUUUUUGUUUUCACAGCUGAUCGCAAAAAAACAUCUGAAAAUACGUCCAUCACGAGAGAACGUCUGCCGAGCAUGUUCGCAACUUUACUUAACAUGGAAAGUUUGCGUGACCAGUUUAAACUUGCUCAGAAUAGCUCACCCAAUGAACCAAACGGGCAAAUCAACAACAAUACAUCUGUCACACCAAAUCAAAAUAAUUUCGCUCAGACAAGUAUCGAUCCUAAAGAAAUUGAAAUGUUCUUCGAAAAUCCUGUAUCUCAUAACCCAAAUACCCCAACCCUUUCUACGAAACCCAUGAACGAACAAGGACAUUCUAAGAAAUUUGAAAAUCUUAGAAAUUGUCCAUGGUUUGCAUCGGAGGUUCUUCAAGAUAUUUUGCCCAAGAGAGUUAGUUUUAAUGAUAUACCAGAUGUAAUAGCAGAGCGGGAGAUUGGGAAUGAGAAGCUUUUAGCCAAUGAUGAAGCAGGAUGGAAGUCAGAUUAUUCAGAAGAUGAACCAGGAGAGGCUAGCGAAGAAAAUCACAAACACUGUAAGUGGUUUGUUGAUUUGAAUAGAAACAAACAGUUGAGAAGGGUGGGUUCAGUUUCACACCAAAUACCACAAGUGUUCUCCUGGGGUAAAGCUGGACCAACAAAAGAUGCUUCUUACUGGAGCUUUAUAGGAAGAACAGUAUAGAACUGAUACAGCUACUUCAUAUAAGAAAGUUUUGUUUGGGUUUCAUUCUGUAGUAAGAACAGUCUAGAACUGUUAGAACGGCAUCAUCCAACAUAGAUAAAAUUAUUAGUAGAAGCAACGUAGUUACUAAGUGAUGAACAUUUUCUACAGCAAUUGAACGUUAUCAUGAGCCACCUCCGGACUUCAGUCAUUACUCGUAUCACGAUCGCAACAGACGAAAUGACUCCGAAACAACACCGAAGACAACCGGACAAGCCCGAACACACAACCAAAGUCUAAAUAGGAAAGGUGCGUGAAGUCAAUUUACAUAUUUUAGAUUUUUCACCUACUUUUUAAAGCCCCUUUAAAUUUACGUGGUAUUUCCACAAACAUAAUAUUAUACGCAUUUGAACUACUUGAAAAAGAUACUUCGUUUCGAGCAAAUUAUUUGGUAGAAAGUUGGCCUGGAGUUCAACGUCAAUCAUUCAUACAAACAAAAUGCAUAUUAUUGUGGAUCUUGUUAUGUUCCAGUCGAGCGCCUUCUUGAAGAAAGUCCCAAAUCUUGCUCGAAGUGUUCAGAACCAUCCAACACCCGUGAAGGAAUCUGGGAAUUAUCCAGUGAUCAAGAAAACACUCCAUUUACAAGUCCUUGGGAAGGAGUGAUCUCUACCUCGUUACAGAGACAACGAAAUGAUAGCACACAAGCUGUUCCAAGCUCAACAACAAACAACGAAGGUUUGCAAAGAAAUUUAUUAUGUACCACAGUUUGCAACGAGCAGUUACUUUCUACUACUCAAGUGUCUUGACAGACAACUACAAAACUGAUGUCUAUCUCUCUAGUGUUUUUAGAUGACUUGUUAACCAGUAACACAGUGGAGAACAAUCACACCUCAGUCGAAACAGUUCCCGAUAUUUGCAAAAACAUCAUCGACAAAAGCAGUGACGACACCACGACCACGGCAAAGCUUUUUAAGACGGAACCAAAAGAACAGAACAAGUUUGAAUGUAAAAAAUUGAUUUGAAGUUGUUACUCGCGGGUGUUAUUGAGUAUUACUGUGCAACAGUAAAAUACAUUACGAAGCAACAGUAAUGUUCAGUAAUAUAAUACAUCCUAGCGGAAAGUGUACGUCACUUUGGCUAUAAAGCCUCGUUCACGUGUAUGUGACAUUAGACAGAUUUAGAUCGAGGACGCGGACGUCAAAGACGAUGUGAAAAUGGCGUCAAAAUGACGUGGCAUAUCCAUACAUGGGCACAACACACCAUUUUGACGUCCUCGAUCCAAAUCUGUCUAUUUGUAGUUAAAGCCCAACAUCUGAAUCAUGCAAACGUGAUGUAUUUCCGGAAGGGGGUAAUCUGUUCAUUACAGUAUGUAGUAGUUUUCACUUGCUGACCAGUAAAUAGAAAUGAGAAAUGCUGUUUGAAGUGUCUCUGAAUGAUUGACCACCAUCUGCUGUCCUGUAAGAACUCAAAACCUAGCAAUGUAUAAAGUGGGCUCAGUUAAGGUUUAGAUGGAACGUUUUCCAAAUCUAUUGGUUCUGUUUUUCUAGGGUUAAACUUGCACAAAGACAACGACUCGAAACAUGAAAUAAAUGAAGACACUGAACUUUAUGAACCCAUUGUUAAGAACAAAUGUGAUCUCCAUUUCAUAAAGGGUAAGUACCAGAAUGUUUUUGUCUGUUAAAAUAUUGAACAUAUCUCUGUCAUCACCCUGAUAUGGUGGUCUGUAGCUGAGUGAAAGACUGCUGCAGUGGUAGAUUCCAGCUGGAGGUUCUAUGUAUAGUUUCCCCUGCUUAGGUCUUACAGGUUUACAUAGUUUUCACUCGACAUUUCUACCCAUAAAAUAACCAUUCUCUACUGUUGAGUGAGAUGCAAAAACCAACUCAACUGACACACACGUUAUUCCCGUCAUAUCCACAGACGACGCUCUCACGUCAAUGCGAAGACAGUCUUGGUCUAUUCACCAUCUUAUCAAGAAUAAAAAAGAACAGAAAACCCAGAGGAAAUUCGCCUCUGUAUUCCGCCGUCCUGCAAAGAACAACCAAGCAUCGCAGGUUAUCAAGGCAGACAAGAAAGAUUUUCAAGUGACCAAAAAAGUCCGAAGACGAAUGAGCUUACGGCCUCUUCCGGAGACCCCCGAUGUUGGGGAAGAAAAUGAGCAUGCUCUGCAGUGUAACACCGCUGAUUCAUUAGAUACAUUUCAUUGA